AGGGGCAGCUUGGUUUCUGUGCAAGCAACACUCACAUUCCAAACUGCAUUAGAGAAAAGCCAGUGGGUUUGUAUGCAUUUUUAUUAUCAGUUCCAGAUUAGGAAUCUGAUGCUAAUUUCUUCCUAAAGCCUGUGUUUGCAGUAGAAUUUAUAUUCUCAACAACAAAAAAAGAACUGUGAUGUUUUUCCCUCACUAGCUCACUCUUUCUUUUUUUUUUCCUCCCUCUGGCUUUACUCCAAGGACCUUUUCUGCCUGUUCGUUACAUUCUCAAGAUGAAGCACCCGAUGGUUACAGCAGUGCUGGUAGUACUGGUGCAGGUUUCUCAGAGUUUCCCUGCCCUGUACCACCGAGGUUGGUGGAGGCUGUUAAAGGAAGGAGACAGUUGUGGAAAAUGCGAUUUGACACUUUGCUCUGAGCCAAAAGACUGUCCAGCCGGGACUGUACUGGACCCUUGUGGCUGCUGCCCUGAAUGUGGAAAUGUCGAAGGUCAGAUCUGCGACCUGGACCAGGGCAAUCAUUUUUAUGGGCAAUGUGGGGACAACCUUGAGUGCAGGUUGGAUGCUGAUGAAGCAAGGUUUGGGGAAGUCCCUGAACCCCAGUGUGUGUGUAAGUCUCAAGAGAGCAUCUGCGGAUCUGAAGGGAAAACCUACGAGAACAUCUGUCAGUUCAGCAAGGCUUACGCUACGAAAAGAAACAUCAGCGUGAAACAUAAAGGACCAUGUGAAUCAG